AUGGACAAGCUCGAGACUCUGGGAUCUGUUUCUCGGUUGAGCGAACGCGUCGUCCGAGUCUUGGGUCAGAACCCUGGAAAGUUCACCUUGCAAGGGACAAACACGUAUCUUAUCGGAAAGAAGAAUCCAUAUAUUCUCAUUGAUACGGGAGAAGGUCGUCCGGAAUAUGUGCCGGUGCUCGAAUCGGCUCUGCGGGACGAGGCGAAGCUAGAUAGUCCUCAAGAUCAAGACAUCUCCGACAUUAUCAUCUCGCAUUGGCAUCACGACCACACAGAUGGAUUGCCAUCCGUCGUAGAGAUCCUGCAAAAACUCUGGAAGGAACGCAAUGGCGACGCCCCCUUCAAACCUCCUCGGCUGCACAAAUUCCCUGCGCCGGCUAGUGCAACGGUGUCUCCCCAUACUACGAACAGUUUGCCGUCCAUAAUCGCGUCGCUGCCACCUGGUUCUUAUACUGCCAGUGAAAGUGGCAACGCGUUCAAUGACCUUAGCCAUGGUCAGAUUGUCGCCGCCCCUUCAAGCACGCUUCACGUCUUACAUACACCCGGCCACACUGUCGACUCGAUCUGCUUAUACGUCCAGGAGGACAAAGCGCUCUACACAGCAGAUACUAUUUUGGGCCAGGGCACUGCAGUAUUCGAAGACCUCGCGUCGUACAUUAGCAGUCUUCAGAGCCUCCUGGAAUUCGGCAAAUCGGAGGGACAUGAUUUCGCCUCCCUGUAUCCGGGGCAUGGGCCCGUCGUCCCAGAUGGCACAGGCCUUAUCAGUACCUAUAUCAAGCACAGGUUGGAAAGGGAGGAGCAGAUCGUGCAGGUGCUCAGAGGGGUGAAUACUGCUGAGGAGCGAACUGCUCCACCUCAGUCUGCUACGACGUGGAACAUAGUUUCGGUUAUCUAUGCUGCGUACCCGGAAUCCCUUUGGGCGCCUGCUGCUCAUAGCGUUGAUCUGCACCUCAAGAAAUUGGAGAAGGAUGGCAAGGCCAAGAAACUGGGUGGCGAAGGGAAAGACACCAAUUGGCAGCUAUUGUGA